AUGGCAUCACGUCUCCAGGCAACUGCGCGUCAACUAUCUAAAACUUUCAAGAAAAAAGGAAGGUUUGAAAUAGGUAUCGCUUCUGAAUUGCCGCCUGCGUACAAAAAAUUUUGGCGAGAAUGGAAAGUACUGAAACCUGCUGCUGUCCACUAUAUCCCUCAAGAAGGGAAGUGGAAGCGUGACGACAUCACUGGGGAGAUAUUGCCUGUACAAAAUGUUCCUAUUCCUUUGAAAUAUCCUGCUGAAAUUCACGACGGUAUAUGGGGAGGAGAAGCCGUAAUUAAAGGGUUUCAAAAACGAGACCCUCGACGUCGCAGGGUACCACAUUAUUGGGUGCCAGUACUAAAGAGAACAGUUGUGAAAUCGGAAGUCUUGAACACUCAUCUUUCAGUGACUGUGACGGAUCGUACAAUUAGUUUGAUCAAUGACCACUAUGGUUUUGACCACUUUUUACUAAAAACACCGGCCUGUGAUUUGGUUUCCAUGUUGGCAUUGAAGUUAAAAAAGCAAAUACUGAUUGAGUUAAUGAAUGGCUGUCCUAGAUAUUCACAUGACCCUGUAAAGCAGACUGAAGUUUAUGAGGAGUAUAAGACAUAUUUGACAUCUUAUACCCCAGAAGAAAUAGAAUGGUAUGGCCUAUCUUGGUAUGAAGCUCUAUCCAAAUUAGCAAAACAGAAAGAAGCCGCCAACAGACCUGUUCCACUAAAAAACAUGUACAGGAAAAACCUAGUUGAAAAAUUGAAAGCUGCUGGCAUUGAAGGAACAAAGAGUUCACCUGAUGAAAUAUCAGCAACUACAUCAUGGCUAUCGAAGAUGAACCCAUUUGGCAAGAAAGAUGAAGCUUAG